AUGGACCGACAGUCGAUACUAGAACAGAAAAGGAAACGAUUGGAGGAAUUACGGCAGCGUAGGCUUGCCAACAACGAUGAAAAAUAUGCUGAUAAUGCUGUCAAAGAAGAAGCUAUAUCAAAAGUUAUACGAGUGGAUGCAUCUGUACAAACUCAAUCAGACAGUCCAUUUAGAUCAAACGCAACUUCAACUAUAAAUUCAUUGGAGAUCACGAAGUUUGACAAGGCAGUCCAAACUGUCAACAGUACACCAAAUCAUCCGGUACAAACUAGUUUAAUUGAAGUGAAAGAUGCCACUCAAAAAGAGUCCUUAGAUAGUAUUUUGUUGGACCUCAACGUUAAUGAAAAGGACUUACACAGUCUGCUCAAAAGUGCGGUCACUUUGUUGCAUGAAGUCUUGGCUACUUCAAUCGAGCCAAGUGUAGACUCUCCGGCUAUACAAACAGAUGAAGAGAAAGGUUUAAUUUUUGUGACAACAGAAGUCCAUGCCAUUAAGAACCGCGUACCAAUAUCUAUUGAAGUAUCAACAACCCCAAACGAGUUUUUGGUCAACUUCAAUAACAACGAAUUAGAGGAAUUUCCAGGGUUUGCGGUUAUAUAUCGAAAUCUAAACGGUAAAGUCAUUCCAAUGAAGUUUCUUGCUAGCUUGUCUCCUAUCAACUGUAUCAAAUUUGAUGAGUUUUCUCCUCUGAAAGUUAUCGGAGGGCUAACGAAUGGUAGGGUGGUAAUAUGGGAACUUGCUGAAUCCUCGGGAGAAGAUGCUGUGAUUCUUCCCACUUUAAUGAGCCCUAGUGACUAUUCUAAUGGCAAUUUACAUAAAGUUCCCAUCACAUCCAUUUCACAAAUCUCCACAGAGCCCAACACAUUCAUUACCACUUGCUUGGAAGGCUUGAUAAAUGUUUGGUCUACCAAUUUCUUGGAGUAUCCACAAUUUGAAGGGGUUUCUUUACCGAAUAAUACAGAGGAAUCUUUAGGGAUACUUGAACAACCCUUUAAAUCAAUAAAACAUGCCAUUUUGCUUGAAAACGGCGAUAAAAAUGUGUUGAAAGAUCACAAGUUCUUGAACCUGAUGAUCAUUAGUACUGAGACACAUGGUGUGCAUCAACUUAUCAAUGAUAGCAAACUUGGAUACAUCAAAUCUACUAUUGAAACCAAAAUAGUGGGAUCUAUGACGAAUAUCGGCUACAAAGACGACUCGUCUUUAACAGCCUUGACAUGCUAUGACUCAAACAUCUACAUCUUGAACAACCAUAAGAAAAUAUUGAAGAUAGCUACGGAUUAUAUGGUAUUAGGACUAUUCAAACGCCCGACUACACAAUUCCAAUUUGUUACUUUUGGAUUGUUUGACGAACUUGAAGAUAAAUUAACAACGGUGAUAGACUUCUGGGAUUUGAAUGUCAAUACUAGAUCUCCAUUAUUCUCUUUGAGAAGGCCAUCUUCAAACCACCCGACCUCAGGAAACUUCGAAAAAGAAGGAAAUAUUUUUUAUAUGGGGUCUUCUGAUGGCAUCCUUUCAGUUUUGAUAUUGGAUACAAACUUUAUUACGAAAGGAAACAAUAACGAUACAAUUCAUGAAAUAGUCUAAUAUACAUUAAUGAAAUAACUACGGAAAUGGCCGCUUGUUCUAUCAAUUUGGUUCAAGUGAAAGCCGUGAAAAGAUUGUCUCUUGUAGAUAUGGUGAUAUUCUUCGCAAUAUCUGUGUCAGUGUCUCCAGGAUGUUGUUGGAUCGAAAUGCAAUCACGGGAAGCUAAUGCUAACAAUUCAAAAAAACACUUGGAGGCUUCUUUCUUCAUGUUCAACACGUUUGAGUUGCCUCUUUUGAUGGUUCCUAGAGGUAAUGGUUCGGAGCAUGAGCUGUCUCUCUCUAUAAUUGUCUCAAAGGGAAUGGCUUGAUUUGUAUUCUCAGAUUUGAUCAAGUCCACAAUUUGUUUAGUGGAUGAAGCUGCUUCAUUAUCGAGUUGAAGCUGGGGAAAUUGUUCAUCGAAGUCAAUUUCGUUACCCUCUUCGUUUCCAAACUCCGGUAAUGAAAGAUCAAAGUUGAAGUCAUCGAAACUGCCUUGAAAUUGGUCUUCUUCGUUGAGUUGAUCGAAGUUGCCAAUAGUAUCCAAAGCAUUAGUUUCUUUGGUACUCACGUCAUUGCACAACCUAGUCAAUUCAGUGUUCAAAUCCCAUAUCUUUCUUUUUUUAAACCCAGCUGGUUCGGAAAGUUCUUUAAUGAGAAGUAACUUGUCAUUGUCAGACAACCUGAAAAUUGCAGACUCUUUACGCCAGUCGCCAUUCAAUUGCAAGUAUUGUAAAUGUUUCAAUUCUUCAAUUGUUAUCCCACUGUUCAACUUCUCUUCAGAAUCCACCUGAAUCUUUCUCUUAUUGGUCUUCAAAACACCAUCUUCUGUUAUUCCCACCAACUUACGACGAUGAACAGGCUCCUUUACGGGUAACGUCGAUUCAUUUGAAGGAGUAACAGGUUCGUUACUAUCGGGAGGAGAGUUCGCUUCGUUCUCAUCAAUUGUCUCUAAAGGAGCAUCAAACUCCAACCCAAACUUGUUCCCAGAGUCACCAGUGUCUAUAUCGAACGAAGAAAGCUCUGGAUUUGUUACCGAAGUCUCUCUUCUUCCCACUUCGAUGGAAUCAUCAGCAUCGAAAUUAUUAAAGUCCAAAUCGAAAUCAAGAUCAUCAUGCAUCAUAUUAUCAUCAUCGUCAUUAUCAAGUCCAUUGAAUCUUCCAUAUUCAACUGAAUGAUCAAGGUCUCCAUCGUGGGAAACACUCACUUCUUUCUGGCUAAACAACGAAAAUGGGUCACCAGUGGAUCUUCUGUGGUUUACAUCGUCCAAAGAGAGGCUUUCUUGGUACAAUAAGUCGUACCGCGUGACCCGGUCCGGCAAGGUUAUACUGCCGAUGUUAGUGAUGGUGCUGCGACCCGCAUUGAUAUUCUGGUGUCUGUGGCCGGUCUCGCUGCCCAAGAGUACUCCUCCACUAGCAAACUUGAAGGCAUUUUUCAACUUGAAAAGAAUGUCAUUGGCAUCAUCCAAAAGAUACUUUGUCUUCCUGGAAUAUAUUCUCACGAUCCCUAACAAAAGCUGACCCGAUAACCGUAAAGUGAUGUUUUCUGAUGAGGAUAUGGGUUGAUUCAAGAGGGUAGUGGAAGUGAUGAGGUUUGUGUUGAGAAGCUGCUGCUUGGUGAGCUUCUUCUCAUAGUUGGCUGCCAUCCACACCGGCGCUAGCGGGCCCUCCUGAAGCUUGCUUGUGUACAUGUUGAAGGUUGUAACAAGUAUUAAAGAGGGUGAAUAAACAACUGAAGAAU